ACAAAACCCACCUCUCUCCUUUCACCAUCUCCAUUCAUCCGCCCAAGCACACCUAGAUAGCAAGAGGAAGCUCUGCAACUCACCAUUUUCACACCCAAAUUCAAGCUCAAGCUAUAGUGGUCCAAAGAGGAGGAUUUAAGAAGGAAAAAGUUAGGAAAAGUGUGAAGCAUUAAGAUAGGAAGACUAUCCCCUUGAGCUAUGGUCCAGACUCUGAAGGAAGGACUGUCAAAAUUUUAUCUUUAACUACUGCCGAACGGACCUUUGGGAAUCUAGUGGUUGAUAAUGAAGGUAUGUCUCCCACUCCUGACCAUUCUCGGUCCGUUGGAUUAAGGCGCUCUCGCCGUAAUAUUCAGAACGUCCUUGACGAUGCCCAAGAUUCACGCGCGGUCUCUGUAGAUGAUUCAGACCAUGAAUCAGAAACUUCGAGGGGUGGAGGUGAAAAUGCAAGUGCUUUCGUUCCUCUUCAGAUGGUGUUUCCCGGUGGUCAGGAUUCCUGUUCUCUUCCAGCAAAACGUUCUGCACAACACGCUGCUGUUUCUUCGUCUAACACACGGCCGAUACCUUCUGAUUACGACCUUCUUAACAUGGUUUCAAGAAAGAAGAAAGUCCCAUCUAAGUUGGCCUCUGGUUGUUCCAAAACUCCACAAUGCCCAAAUACAGAAAUGAAAUCUGCUCCUCCUCGUCCAGUGAGUGCCACCACCAAUCCUGACUCUGGUGAGAAGAUGAAUGCUUCUUUCUCUCGUGACUUUUGUUGUUUGAAGGAUGCUCUUGUGAUGGGAAGUGAAAUGCCUCAAGUCCUGCUCUCCUCCUCAUCUGUUGUAUUCAAGGAUGUGUCCUCAGCUGGCCUGGCAUUGGCUUCCUCGGCUUUUGCUUUCCAGAGUGUUCAAGCUAGCCUUGUUGCUGCAGAAAGGUUGGUUCUGCUGGAAAAGGCUGUGGACGAAUUAAAAAGAAAGGAGAAAAGUUUUCACGCUCGUGCUGACGUUGAUGCUCGAACGAUCCAAAGUCUCCGUAGUGAUAAUUCGAUGUUAACAACUCAAAUUUCAACUUUAAAAACCCGUAUUAAGUCGUUGGAGGCGUAUGGGAGGAAAAAGAAACAAGAGGUUACUGACGCGGCCUGUUUUUAUGCUUGGAAAACCAGAGGUGAACUGAUGACUUCAUUCCUCGCAGGCGAGAUGUCAAACUGGACUGCGGAACAGGACGUUGCUACCUGGUUAAAGCUUCAAGAUGAGAUGGAUCCCCCGAUUGGAGAAGACGGUUUUGACGUAGGCCAGUCCGAUAACGAGGCUGAAUCCAGACGCUCCUGAGAUAACUAACUGCACCCCUUCCCCUUUACUUUCUCGUCUUUAAACAUUUGCUUUUGCUUCCAAGACUCACUCUGCCAUUAUUGCCCCUGCAUCAUGGUUUCCUGUUAGAAAUUUUAAUAUUUUCCUGUGGAUUUAUGGAUAUUGUGCUUGGUGGUUUAUCCAAGCCAAAUCCAUGUUGUUUGGUGAUUCCGUUGCUACUCCUUUUGGUCACCUGACUUACGUUUAUGUUGACGUGUGUGUUGUUAUAUAUGUCGUUUUCGUAUGUAACCUGCCAUGUGUGCGUAGAGGAAUAUAUAUGUGUUUUAUGUUUUGGCC